AUGGAUCACCAUGACCAACACCACGACGAUAUGAGCAGUCCCCGUAGCUACACCGAUAGUCAAUGGAGCCCUCCUCCACCAGGAUUCCGAGAGCUCGAUCAGAUAUAUGCAGCGGAUGGUUCACCUCAUACCUACUCUAACCCGAACUCUCCACCAGCAGUAUCCCCACCUCUACCGUAUGAACAUGAGUAUCAUCAACAUCCCCAACCGCAAAACUAUGAAACCUAUCAACAAGGUUAUUCAACGGAGAAAGAGACACCAUACGGCACAGUUGCUCCAAUCGGCAAACCUACUCCAGAUUUUGAGGGUCCUGAAGUAGUCCCAGGCCAGUUCAGUCAUUACCCUCAUGGGGGUCGACCAAUGUCACCCUCAUCACAUGGAGGCACCACCCUUACCUCUCCCCACAUUCGGCCAUAUGGAUUCAAGGAACAUGUCGACCCGUACGACAAUCAUGAAGCAGCUCCUCCGCCCGUACCACCGAAGGAUGAUCGGAAAUGCGGCAUGAAGAAGCGGACGUUCUUUAUCCUCAUCGGCGUCAUUGUCAUUGCGAUUGUUGCUCUCGCUUUAGGACUCGGUCUAGGAUUAGGAUUAAACAAGGACGACUCAGAUGAGGGCACAGUUCAUCCCUUCUGUCGCGAGAACCCUGAGUCAUGUAUUGGUGGCUCUCUCAACUCCGAGUACCUGUCGAAAAAGGGCGUUUUCAAUGGUACAGGUAUCGCUCUGGCUGGAGAGUCUUGGAACAAAGGCCAACGACGAAUCUUCACGCUUUACUUCCAGCACCAUACAGGCGACAUCAGAUUUAUGCAGUAUACUACGGACAGGAAGUGGAUUGGUGGAGGCAAAGCCCAGACCGUUGCUGGCGAUGCAAAAGAUGCAUCACCUAUAUCCGCAGUCGCUUUUGCCCUUAAUGAGACCCAAUAUUUCCACAUCUUCUACAUCGAUAAGAAUAACACCGUCAAACAACUGAUCCAGUCCAACACAAGCGACAUCUGGCAGCCAGGACCACUCAGCGACCUCAACCUCAAAGCCUUCGACUCACCGACUACUGGCUUGCAAGCUUGCUACAAGGGGAACUUUUACGGUGAUAACGACUAUACAAAGUUUCCCACAGCUUCAGGUCUCAAUAAUACAGAGCAAUUCGAAGGACAAACAGGCAUGAAUAUUUGGUUCGCUACUGAUGACUCCACCUUCCUUCAGUACGCCUGGUACAGCGGCCAAGACGAUACAUGGGCGAAAAUCGAACCAUGGUCCGGGUUCAACGGACAUGCCGGCGUAGGCUGCUACAGUUGGGGUGCAGGCACCACAUCGUACGCCAUGCUAAAUAACAAGGACAACGAUGUGGAAUUUUGGUGGAAAGACACCAACCAAUCCGCUCCAUCCACGCCGACACACCCCAUCAACUCCUGGCAAAACGCCAGCAUGGGCGCCAUCAAGGACGUAUACCCCAUCACGUCUCUUGGUUACACAACGUACUUUUACGCGCAAAUGGCGGAUCGAAGUAUCAAGGGGUUCAACAUCACGUACAAUGCUGAAAACACAACGUACAUCGAAGACGAAACAUUCACGGUUACUGAUAUAUCAAACUCAGUGGUAGGACUUGGUGGCACGCAUCUAACCGUUACAGCAUUUGCUGAGAAGCGUGGAGAGGAAACAUUGUGGGACAGUCUUUAUGUCUUCUUUCAGACUGCAGGUGAUGAUAUCACGGCAUUUACGAGGGGCCUGAAUGGGGGUGAAUGGACAAAGGGGUCUUUGAGUAUUCCAGAUGAAUGA